CCAAACAGUGAAAGGCUGACGUGACCCAACAGUUUCCCCGUCGCCAUCGGUGGAUCCACAUGUCUUUGGCUGCGCUGCGGGCGGUGCUUCGUGUGGCCCACCGGGGGAGCAAGGCUCCCAGCCAGCUGGCGCCGCUGCUGAAUCGGGCAGCGAGGCUUUGGGAUCCGCAGGCUCACCGAGUGGUGCCCCACCCACUGGGUAACUUCGUUUGGUGUGAUGAGCUGCUGCGAAGCUGCGGCAAUGGCACGGAGUACGCUCUGCCGGUGGCUGACCGCAGAGCUGUAAGGGCUGUCCGGAAACACUGGCAUCUUUGCCAAAGCCUGGGCAUCCCUUACAUGCCGCAGGCCGAGGAGGCCCUCAAGCGCUUCCAGAAGGCUACAGAGAUGGGGGAGCUCUUGAGGUGCCAUGAAGUUCCUGAGCUACCUGCAACCAGAUGGCGUUUGACCUGGUGUGCUCCAAGUGAAGAGCAUCAGGUGGAGGUUGGUGAUUUGCUCAUCACGCAUCCUUUGUCGGGGCUCUUCCAGGACGCGUUUGACCAGGGAGUGCUCUUGGUGGUGAAAGUCAACCAGGAAGCCAAGUUGAUCCAGGCCUUGGUGCUCAACAAGGCCUCGGAGGAGACCCUGGCCGACCAGCCUUCAGCCAGGGGAGCACGGCUACCGAACCAACCCAUUUUUCGAGGUGGACCCGUAACGAAAGGCGACGCUGUUUGGCAACCUGACCUUGCGUACCUACACUGUCAAGGGGACGCACUUGGGACCACUCCGCUUCGCCUGGGCCUUUGCUCUGGUGGAGACCUGGGACAAUUGCAGACUCCGUUGCGCUUCUUUAAGGGAUGCGCUGCAUGGGCCACAGAGCAGCUGAAGAUCGAGCUGGAGCGUGGGGUUUGGGUACAUGCUCGACCAGGCUUCCAUCGCGGAGGCCAGGAAGCGCUUCACGGCUUGGCCUUGGAGGCCUCAGGCAGCUUUGCCUGGCGUGCAGCACUGAUGGCUGCGGGGCUGCCAGCGUUGGCAACCUUUCCUCGAAGCCCAGAAGUGGACGUGCAGUUGAAGGAGUAUGUGACCGCACACCAGCGGAGAUUGGCCAUGGAGAUGCAUCAGCUGCACCAACAAAAAGGGACCCUCCGAACUGACUUCCAAGCAUCCUUCCGAACCAUCUCCAUUUGUGUGCGGUUAGCCUCAGGUGCACCAGCAAAGCUCUCCAGAUAUGCAUCCUUGGCGCCUCUAGCAGAUGCGCCUGACGUGGUGGAGGCGUGGGACACCAGCACGUUCCGCUGCAUUGGAAGGAAGAGGACGGCUAUGGAUACAAAGUCCUUUGGGUCCGUAGUUGGACAGGCUCUUCUGUGCCAUCAAUCUUCACCACUGCCAAAGCAACUUGUUUAUACACAAGGGAGAGAGGAGUUUUGA